AUGAGUUAUAAUUAUUUAUUUAAAAUUGUUGUUGUUGGUGAUCAUAAUGUAGGAAAAUCGUGUAUUCUUUUACGAUUUGCUGAAAAUGCCUUUAGAGCAGACCAUAUCAGUACAUUAGGCGUUGAUUUUAAAUUAAAAACAAUAAAAUUGGGACGUGACAAAAUUCGGUUAGAACUUUGGGACACUGCAGGAAUGGAAAGAUAUCGGACUAUAUACAAUUCUUAUUAUCAUUCAGCACAUGGAGUUGUUUGUGUUUUUGAUAUUACCAGUGAAAAAUCAUUUGAAAAUCUCGAGAAUUACUGGCUUACUCAAGUUAAAGAACACGCACCUCAAAACGCCGUAUUACUUUUGGUUGGGAAUAAAGCGGAUAUGGAACCGGAACGAAAAAUUGAGUUUGAUAAAGCUGAAAGGUUAGCAAAAAGAUUGGGCGUUUCACUUUUUGAGGUUAGUGCAAAAACGGGAAUUAAUUGUGAAGAUGCCUUUGUGGAGUUAGCUACGGUUAUGCGAGACCGACUUUUGGCUUCAGAAUUCGGAUUGGGAUGUAUUUGA